UGAGGGAGGGCCAGUUCUACACCCCCAGCUUCCCGUACUCGACCCUAGCUCUCCGCGCCCCCGAGGGAGGGCCCUCCUUGCCCCCGGCGCCCCGGGGCGGGCGGGCGCGCGUCGGAACUCCGCGCUCUCGCGCCUCGCUGCCAGCCGGGAAGCGUCAGGGCAGAGGCGGGGUGGGGCGAAGUUAAAAGGCGCUGCAGGUGGGAGCCUGGCCUGCACCCGAAGCCGAGCGGGAGCGCCGACUGCGCAUUCCCGACACCGGCCGAAGAGUCCGCGGCGCCCCAACCGGACCUGCUGCCGGGUUGGGGCGGAGGCGCCGCCCUGCGCGGAGAACCCCGCGCCCCGGGAUUCUGGACCCCCGGCCUCAGUUCCGCCGAGCAGGUGACAUCGUCACUGAACUGAAACUGUGCAAAGAUUUAUAUUCAUAUCAUUACUGUCAACAUUGGCUUUUAGCCAAUCAAAUGGUGUAGAAGAAAGCCUGAAGCCCUUGAGGAGGGAUCCUUAUCUAAUUCUUCUCCAGGCCAAUAAGCUGUGAGUCCUUGGAAGAAUAAGCCAACAUGGACUGGGGUACCCUACACACUUUCAUUGGGGGUGUAAACAAACACUCCACCAGCAUCGGGAAGGUAUGGAUCACCGUAAUUUUCAUCUUCCGUGUCAUGAUCCUUGUAGUGGCUGCUCAAGAAGUGUGGGGUGAUGAGCAGGAAGAUUUUGUUUGCAACACUCUGCAACCAGGAUGCAAAAAUGUAUGCUAUGACCACUUUUUUCCUGUGUCUCACAUCCGGCUGUGGGCCCUGCAACUCAUCUUUGUCUCCACCCCGGCCCUGUUGGUAGCGAUGCACGUUGCCUACUACAGACACGAGGCUGCCCGCAAAUUUAGGCGAGGAGAGAAAAGAAAUGAAUUCAAAGACUUAGAAGACAUUAAAAAGCAGAAGGUUCGGAUAGAGGGGUCCCUGUGGUGGACGUACACCAGCAGUAUCUUCUUCCGAAUCAUCUUUGAAGCAUCCUUUAUGUACGUGUUUUACUUCCUUUACAAUGGGUACCAUCUGCCUUGGGUGUUGAAAUGUGGGAUUGACCCUUGCCCCAACCUUGUCGACUGCUUUAUCUCUAGACCUACUGAGAAAACCGUGUUUACCAUUUUUAUGAUUUCUGCAUCUGUGAUUUGCAUGCUGCUUAACGUGGCCGAGUUGUGUUACCUGCUGCUGAAAUUAUGUUUUAGGAGAUCAAAAAGAACACAAACACAAAGAAAUCAUCCCAAUCACGCCCUAAAAGAGAGUAAGCAAAAUGAAAUGAACGAGCUGAUUUCAGAUAGUGGUCAAAAUGCCAUCACAGGCUUUCCCAGUUAAACAUUUCAAAGCACAACGUAGCUGACUCAUAACAAAAGUGGUGCCUUCUCCUAAAGGCAAUGCCUAUCUAAAAAUCCCUCCCAUAGGCUGAAGAUUUUGUCUUUAUAAAUGCUUUCAUAAUACAUAGAUACUGGAGUUAACAUUUUGUAGAAUAAUUGUUCCAUUAAUAUGCAGCAAAAUCAAAUAUGUGGUCUAUCUCUGAAAACUAAGAAAGGAUUACAACUGUGCCUUGAAGUAACUUUAACAUGUUAUGUGGACUGUCCGACAUACUAGGUAUUUCCUGAAAAUUUAAACGUGUAACUGUUGUUGAUAAAAAACAUUUACAUAGAAAUUGAUACUUUGAUUAGUAAAAGAUAUUUUUAUAGGAUUGAAUGUUUUAGUUCUGACUUUGAAUUUAUAUAAAGUAUUUUUAUAAUGACUGGUCUUUCUUACAUGGGAAAACAUACGAUGUUAGUUUUAUAAUUAUGCCAUAAGUAUCUAAAAUUUGAACUUACAGAGUCUAUCUUGUUGUAAAUAGUGUUUUGCAUUGUCUGUUGACAAACUUAUGAACUAUCAUGAUACUCUUAAGGUGGAAAUUGUUCAUUGUAUAAAAUAUUUUUAUUGCUUCCUUAAUGUAGACAGAACUGUAUGGAAGUAGGAAGCUUUUUAAAACUAGACAAUUUGCAAUCGUUGUGAACAGCUGACAUGAAUGUGCUAACCUCAAUAAAGACUAGCCCCAUUGCUUAUGCCUUCA